AAUCGAUAAUUGUCCAACACUGGAAAAACAGCUGAUUGAGCAAACUUAUUUACAAUUUUUUGUGUUAAAAAAAUGAACACAAUUCGACCAUGCGGCUGCAAAGGUGUGCGCACAUGCCUGAGUUGCGAGAAGGACUUCCAAAUAGCUAAACCCUCGCUGCAGGAACAGUUCCAGCAACUGGAGCCCUGGUCAUACUGCGUUCAAUGCGAACGUCUAUACUCCGGCUGGGACACUACUGCGGUUCAGACGGAUCACCAGCAGCAUGACAAGGCCAAGGGUCUCCCUAUGCCAGGGGUUCUCGUGCAGGAGCAGUUCCUCAGCAAGGAUGAGGGCUUGCAGUUGAUGACGGAAUUGGAUGCGUUGCGCUGGGACAUCUCCCAGAGCGGCCGUCGCAAGCAGAACUUUGGGCCCAAGACGAACUUCAAAAAGCGUAAGCUGCAGGUGGGCACCUUCGCCGGCUUCCCCAAGAGCACGGAGUACGUUCAACGACGAUUCGAUGAGGUGCCACUGUUGCGCAACUUCCAGACCAUCGAGCAGUGCUCCCUGGAGUACGAGCCCAGCAAGGGGGCCAGCAUAGAUCCACAUGUGGACGACUGCUGGAUUUGGGGCGAGCGUGUGGUGACAGUCAACUGCCUUGGCGAUGCCGUCCUCACUCUCACAGUCUAUGAAGAGCAGCAGGCGGGCAAGUACAACCUCGAUUUGGUGGCCGACUACGAGAAUGACCUGCUGGAGCCACUGCUGCCCGAGAAACAGCUCUCGGCAUAUAAGGGAAAGGUGCUCCGCAUACCCAUGCCCAACCUCUCGCUGAUUGUUCUGUACGGGCCGGCGCGCUAUCAAUUUGAGCAUUCUGUGCUGCGCGAGGAUGUGGUGGAGCGACGCGUUUGCAUAGCCUACAGGGAGUUCACGCCCAUGUACAUUGCUGGGGCGGACCAAGAGAAGGGGGAUCCCGUGAGGGAAAAGUCACAAAUCUUUUGGCAAAUAAACUAAUUUUAUUCUGGAUAAUA